AUGUUUCUAUAUAGGUCGAGUGAAGAUUUAAUACAAACUACACAUACAUAUCUAUCUAUCUAUCUAUCUAUCUAUCUAUCUAUCUAUCUGUCAGAAACUUCCGUCCAUAUCUAUCUAUCUAUCUAUCUAUCUAUCUAUCUAUCUAUCUAUCUAUCUAUCAGCGACUGUUCAUUAUCUAUCUAUCUAUCUAUCUAUCUAUCUAUCUCUCAGCGACUGUUCAUAUCUAUCUCUCAGCGACUGUUCAUAUCUAUCUAUCUAUCUAUCUAUCUAUCUAUCUAUCUAUCUAUCUAUCUAUCAGCGACUGUUCAUUAUCUCUCUAUGUAUCUAUCUCUCAGUGACUGUUUAUAUCUAUCUAUCUAUCUAUCUAUCUAUCUAUCUAUCUAUCUGUCUGUCUAUCUCUCAGUGACUGUUCAUAUCUAUCUAUCUAUCUAUCUAUCUAUCUAUCAGCGACUGUUCAUUAUCUAUCUAUCUAUCUAUCUCUCAGCGACUGUUCAUAUCUAUCUCUCAGCGACUGUUCAUAUCUAUCUAUCUAUCUAUCUAUCUAUCUAUCAGCGACUGUUCAUUAUCUCUCUAUGUAUCUAUCUCUCAGUGACUGUUUAUAUCUAUCUAUCUAUCUAUCUAUCUAUCUAUCUAUCUAUCUAUCUAUCUAUCUAUCAGCGACUGUUCAUUAUCUAUCUAUCUAUGUAUGUAUGUAUCUAUCUCUCAACGACUGUUCAUAUCUAUCUCUCAGCGACUGUUCAUAUCUAUCUAUCUAUCUAUCUAUCUAUCUAUCUAUCUUGCCUUUUUCAUCUCGCUCUCUCUCUCCCUCUUUCUCAACCUCUCUAUAUAUCUACCUAUAUUUAUAAUUCUCGCUGUUUCGAUAUCCCUUUUUAUUUGUCCCGGUCCCUCUCUUAUUAUCGCUCUAUAUUUGUUCAUUCUCUCUUUCUGUUUCCCUCUUCCAUUAUCUAUCUAUCUAUCUAUCUAUUCGUAUUUCUCCCUCUAUCUCUGUCUCUUUCUAUGCCUCUUUCUAUAUAUCUAUCUGUUUCUAUCACUCUCUUACUCACUCUCUCUUGCCAUACAUAUCUUUCUCUCUCUAUCCAGUUUUUUGUUUCUAUCCCUCUAUCUCUCUUUCUGUUUCUAUACCCCUCUGUAUAUUUUGCUCUUUCUAUGUUUCUCCGUCUCUCUGUUGGUAGAAUAAAAAAAAAAUGA